AUGUUCUCCAAGCUCCUUUUCUUCGUUUUCUUGACCCUCUCCCUCACGUCCAACGUCGCCGCCCAACAAUUCCCCAACGGCAGGAGCAGAAACAACCAGGCGCAACAGGCGCAAUGUUCGGCUAUUAGUACUGUCGUCCGCACCGUUACCGUCACCGCGCGCGCUGCUCCCACUGGCAAUGCUGGGAAUAACGGAAACAACGGGAAUGCUGGCAACAAUGGGAACAACGGUGGCAAUAGCGCGAAGCCCACAGCUACUCCUCGUGGUGGAAAUAACAACAACAACGGCGGUGCCAAUGCCACACGAACGUCGACAACCGCCCGCGCUACUCCUACGAAGGGCAACAACAACAACGGAGGGAAUAACGGCAAUAACGGUAACAACAAUGGCGGCGCUAAUGCCACACGAACGUCGACCACCGCCCGCGCUGCUCCUACGAACGGCAACAACAACGGAGGGAACAACGGCAAUAACGGUAACAACAACGGCGGGAACAACAACAACGGCGGGAACACUGGCAACAACGGAGGGAACACUGGCAACAACGGAGGGAACAACGGCGGGAACGGCAACAACGGGGGCAACAAUGGCAAUCUCCAGGCCUCCUUGACUCUCGACCCCCGCGUGAUUGCUCCAGGCUUCGCCAACGAUGGCCAGGACGUCCCUGCUGCUGGUCAAGUCUCUUCGCUGACCUCGACGAACAAUUUCAUCAACUUCUGCUUGACCGUGCCCAACCUGCCUAUCACCGACGGCAAGCAGAUCACUACCGGCUCAUGCAACCCCACCCCGAUCGGUGUCAUCCCCAACGUCGACAGGAUGCCCUCGUCCAAGUUCACGUUCCCACCGAACUUCGGCACGAUCAGGGCUGGCCAGACGUUCAAUGUCGAGAUGGCGAUCAGGAACUUGCAGACUGGGUUUUUCGUCAAUGCGCAAGCGAACUACUUCGCCGCUCCUCAACAGCUGAACGGCGCUGGAAUCAUCCAGGGACACUCGCACGUUGUCAUUGAGAAGCUUACCUCGCUCGACCAGACGACUCCUACCAACCCGAAGGAAUUCGUGUUCUUCAAAGGUCUGAACGCCGCUGCCGUCGGUGGCAAGCUCACUGCUGAAGUUACUGGUGGUCUCGCUCCCGGAGUCUACAAGCUCUCCUCGAUCAACUCCUCGUCGAACCACCAGCCUGUUAUCGUCCCAGUCGCUCAACACGGUUCUCUGGAUGAUGCCAUCUACUUCACUGUGACUGCCGAUGGUCGCGCUGUCGGUGGCAACAACAACAACAACGGCAACAACCUCGUUGGUGCCAACCCAGAAGCUGACCCCGCCGCGCCCUCCUCCGCCUCUGCGUCCGUCUCAGCCUCCUCAACCGAUUCCGCCCAGCCCACUUCGUCUGCCCCCGCCUCCGCCUCCGCCUCUGUGUCCGUGACUAGCCGCGCAGCCUCUGCCUCUGCGUCCGUUACCAGCCCCCCAGCAUCCACCUCCGCGUCCGUGACUCGCCGCCGAGCUUCGACCACCGUCCCCUCCAGCGCCGCUGCGACCACGACUGCCGCUGGCCGUGGAAACACCGGCAACAACAACCAGCAAGGAGGGGGCAGGGGCAACACGAAGGCUACGACCACGACGUCCUCGUCUGCGAGCGCCGCGUCGUCCACGACACCCGCCGUUAGAGGAGGCCGUAUCCAGCGUCGAUCGCGCCUGAGCCGCCAAGCUUGA